AAUGGGUGAGAACUAAGAAGCCCUGAAUUCUGAAACCUCGGCUCCGCAUUUCCCCUCCCUUUGUAGGACCUAGGCUUCGUGCCUUUGCAUUACCGAGUUCUCUCUUUCUCUAUUCAUGAUGCAGAACAUGGAUUUCCAGGUCGUAGUAUUGGCUGGUGGAACCUCAAAGAAUCUCGUUCCUCUCGUUUCUAAGGAGGUUCCGAAAGCUCUUCUUCCUGUGGCGAAUCGUCCUGUCCUAUCUUUCGUUUUGGAUCUUUUGGAAACAAAUAAUUUGAAGAAUCUUAUUGUUGUGGUUGAAGGCGAUCACGAAGCUCGUUUAGUUGGUGGAUGGAUUUCGAGUGCUUAUGUUGACCGUCUCCAUGUUGAGGUUGCAUCAGUACCUGAGGAUGUUGGAACAGCUGGUGCUUUAAGGGCAAUUGCUCGCCAUCUCACUUCACAUGACAUUUUGGUUGUAAGUGGUGACCUUGUUUGUGAUGUUUCUCCUGGGGAAGUUGCAGCCAUACACAGGCGGCAUGAUGCUGCAGUAACUUCAAUGCUAUGCCUUUCACCUGUUACUGGUCCAUCAGAGUCUGGAUCCUCUAGUGGAAAAGACAAAGCUAAAAAACCUGGACGAAACAAUAUCAUAGGACUGGACCCUACCAAACAAUUUCUGUUGCACAUUGCAGCUGGAUCUGAAGUUGAGAAAGAUAUUCGAGUUCAGAAAAGCAUUUUACGUGCUGUAGGCCAGAUGGAAAUCCGCUCUGAUCUGAUGGAUGCUCAUUUAUAUGCAUUCAAGAGAUCUGUCCUGCAAGAAGUUCUAGAUCAAAAAGAGAACUUUCACAGCUUAAAGCAGGAUGUGCUGCCUUAUCUUGUCAGGAGCCAACUGAGGUCUGACUUAUUCCUCAAUGGAGCCCUCCCAGCCGAAGAAAAUGGAAAUGAGAAGGCUGCUUCUCAGAAUAACAAAGUCCUGUUGUCCCAACUUGUAGCAAAUGCAUCUACCCCAAGCUUCCAUGAUCUCCAUUUCUUGGGUUCUAAUACGGCAGCAGCCUCUAUUUCUAGAAAAACCCAUAAGUGUUGUGUAUAUAUUGCCAAGAACAAGUAUUGUGCCCGUCUGAAUUCGACUCAGGCUUUCUUUGACAUCAAUCGAGAUGUAAUUGGAGAUGCAAGUCACUUAUCGGGAUAUACAUUCUCAACUCAAAAUAACGUAAUUGAUCCUUCCGCAAAGCUUGGAUCAAAGACAACAGUUGGGCCACAAUGCGUGCUUGGGGAAGGAUCAGAAAUGGGUGACAAAUGUAGCGUGAAGCGUUCUGUUAUUGGUCGUCAUUGCAGAAUAGGUUCCAAUGUUAAGGUGGUGAAUUCUGUUAUUAUGAACCAUGUGACUGUGGGUGAUGGAUGUACAAUCCAAGGUUCUGUAAUUUGCAGUAAUGUGACACUCCAAGAGCGUGUUACUCUGAAGGAUUGUCAGGUUGGAGCAGGUUUUGUGGUCAGUGCCGGUUCUGAAUACAAGGGAGAGUCCCUGGCCAGGAAAGAAAAAGGUCAAUCCCAAUGACAUGCUCCCUUUCUUCUUCUUCAGGUAAACUAAUCUUGAGAUAUUUGGCCAUCAACCUUUCUCCCCUGUAAAAUUGCUGCCAAUUCCUUUGAGACAGAAUUAGUUUGACUAUGCAACAUCUGGUAGAAUGAUUGGGGAGGUGUUAUCAGAAAAGGGUUUGUUUUGAAAAAAAAAAAAAAUUAAAUUAGGAUUCAUGUUCAAGCUGAUGAUACUGUUAAAACUGUCUGGGCCAAAAGGGUUUGUUUGUUUUUUCAUUUUUGGUUUCGAGUUCAAGAAAGAAGAUAAUGUAAAACUGUUGGCAAAAAAAGGGUUUGGUUUGCUGCUUAUU